AGGUAAGUUUUUGUAUAAAACUGGGGAUGCUGGCGACCACUCACGGGAAGAACAGAUUAGCUCCGACGGCACCGUAAAGGGGAAGUACAGCUACAUCGACCCCAACGGUGAAGUGCGCGAGGUGCGCUACACAGCCGGUGUUGGGGGUUUCAAACCCGAGGGUGAUAUUUCUGUCGACAAAAAGACUGCCGCAGAGGCUGCUAGGAUCGCCGAGAUGGCUCCAAAGGCUCCCGAAGUUCCCGUAGUUCCAGCUCCUGUUCGGACGGUCAAUCCUUGGGCUCUUCCCGCCGGCUCCAUCUGGUACAACCGUCCACUUCUGGUCAACAGACCUUGGCUACGAUGGUGGUGAAAUCUGUAACUACGGCUCAG